GCUCGCUGCUCAAGCUUGGAGGCGGCGAAGUUCCCCCAAACACGGGAGCAGCUCGAGCAGCUGCGUGCACGUAUCCGCGGCGCUUCCAGCAAGGUCCUCUUGCUUCAUGCAGACGAGCUGGAGGAUGGAAUCGGGGCCCGCUUCAAGAAAGCGCUGGAAUUGGUCGCUGCCUCGCUGGUCAUCGGCUUUCAUGCUGCGUUGCUGUCGUUGCCACCCGCUGGGGGUCUUCUGCAUCCGCAAGGCUUUGAGCGGCCUGUGUGGUGUCAUGAGAGCCCGGCCGAUGGUCGACCGGAUCCAUCGAAUCCCGAGUAUCCGCCGCGUUGUUGGCACUUCGACUUGCAGAGAGACUUCCUGGCCCAGAGUGAGGUGCCGGAAGGUCGUUUGCUUCUUUGGGGUGCGGAGGAAACGGUGGAGCUCUCUUCUGAGUCAGCUCCUGAAUUCCCUGGAUCGCAUGCCUGUAUACACCUUCUCGUCGCAGUCCGGCAGAGGCAAGUCAAAGACAACGCUGAAGACACACGUUGCAUCGGUGAUGGGCCGACUGCCUCUGGAGCCUCAUGAGAUCAAGGAAAGGGCGGCUAAGGCAUUGCAGCGGGGCUGCUUGCCCUUGCCGAGCCAUGCUCGUCGAUCCGAUGCAGAACGACUGAUUGCUCUGAUGGAGAACGCGCGCAAGUGGGAGGUGGAGGAAGCCCUACUGGAGAAGGCCGAAAAAAUGCUCGAGAAGUGGUACGAUCAGAUCGACCGCCACGAGGCGAUCGACCUCCUCCGGCAGGCAUUCUAUCGGAUGGAUCGAAAUGCCGAUGGCUUCAUCGACAAGGAGGAAUGGAGUCGCAUGAUGGAAAGGCUCGAGCCUUCCGGCUGGACGCGAAAAUCGAUGGAAGACAUCUUUGUCAGAUUCGAUGGGGAUCGUGAUCGGCGACUAAACUACGAGGAGAUCGUGAGUCAGCUUCUGAGAAACGAUAAAGAAGGGCACAAGCUCGUAAAGCAAGUUGCCGCGACUCCUCCGAGUGAUCACGAAGGAUUGAUCGGCCUCUUUGGCGAAGACCUGCUGAAAGGUACUGCUUAUCGUGAAUUUCCGAUUUCUACAACGGUUGCCCUUGGCGACGCGGACAUUCUCGGCAUCAUCUUCAUGACCUCCAGCACCAUUGACAAGCAGCUCUACCCUCCCACGCUCCUCCAGUGGAACAGGGAGCUCCUGCACCGUGUGGCCUCGUUGUAUCUUGACCUGCGCAACCCGGACAUCCUAAGCAAGCCCAGCCAGAAGUUUGAAGUGGCGCUCUGCAGCUUCGACACUGACUGGGAGUGCUUCACACGGACGGUCGGUCGACCUGGGCCUCCUGCCCCGUGGAUGGUGAUGCCCUUUGACUGCCCCUGGGAACGGGACUACCUGUGGAGGCGCUUCCACACACUGUUCGAAAACCGAACAGCCGCAGACCCAUUCGCCAGAAGCGUGGACACCAAAGCACCUGCGGCCUUGCGACCUAGGUUUGGUGAUCUGGAUGUAUCGCAGAGCCUCAGGUUCAGGGUCUUCGAAGAGUGGUGCGAAGAGGCCGAGCUGAAAGACGAGGAACCAGAAGUCGACAAAGCAGAGGGUUGA